CCAGGUCGGAGCAGCUGGAUAGGGGUGGUGAAGCCCACUCUCCGGGGGAUGCAGCCCAUCUCCACGCUCCCUGGGACACAACUCCCGAGGCUUAUAAGGCGUUGGCCGAGGCAAAGCCACUACCUUUGGCCCCGAGGAUCUCCCGUGAGCGUCGGUGGCGAAAGUGCGAAUGCAGACGCUGUGCCCGCUGGGCCUUGUGCAGUGUAAAUGAGCAAAGAUGGACCAGGAAGGUGGGGGAGAUGGGCAGAAGGCCCCGAGCUUCCAGUGGCGGAACUACAAGCUCAUCGUGGAUCCUGCCUUGGACCCUGCCUUGCGCAGGCCUUCUCAAAAGGUGUACCGCUAUGAUGGAGUCCACUUCAGUGUCAGUGACUCAAAGUAUACACCAGUUGAAGACCUUCAAGACCCCCGUUGCCAUGUCAGGUCCAAGAACAGAGACUUCUCCCUCCCAGUCCCUAAGUUUAAGCUGGAUGAAUUCUAUAUCGGACAGAUCCCACUGAAGGAAGUGACUUUUGCAAGGCUCAAUGACAACGUGCGGGAAACCUUCCUGAAGGAUAUGUGCCGAAAGUAUGGUGAGGUGGAAGAGGUAGAGAUCCUCCUUCACCCCCGUACUCGCAAGCACCUGGGUCUAGCCCGUGUGCUCUUUACCAGCACUCGGGGUGCCAAGGAAACUGUCAAAAACCUCCACCUUACCUCCGUCAUGGGCAACAUCAUCCAUGCCCAGCUUGAUAUCAAAGGACAACAGCGAAUGAAGUACUAUGAAUUGAUUGUCAAUGGCUCCUACACCCCUCAGACUGUGCCCACUGGGGGCAAGGCCUUGAGUGAGAAGUUCCAGGGUUCUGGUGUUACAGUUGAGACGACUGAUGUCCGCCGCCGCUCUUCCUCUGACACAGUUGCCUACCCAGCAGGCACUGCUGUGGGGAGCACCCCUGGCAAUGGCACCCCUUGCUCCCAGGAUACAAGCUUCUCUAGUCGACAAGAUACCCCAUCUUCCUUUGGCCAGUUCACCCCUCAGUCCUCCCAAGGAACCCCCUACACAUCUCGGGGCAGUACACCCUACUCUCAGGACUCAGCCUACUCCAGCAGUACUACUUCAACCUCCUUCAAGCCCCGAAGAUCAGAGAACAGCUACCAAGAUUCCUUUUCUCGCCGCCAUUUCUCUGCAUCUUCAGCCCCCACAACUGCCUCUGUUGCCAUCUCAGCCACCACAGCAGUCACUACUGCAUCUUCCUCCUCUUCCUCCUCAUUGUCCUCAUCUUCCUCAUCAUCCUCUUCUUCCUCGGCUUCUCAGUUUCGUGGUUCUGACUCAAACUACCCAUCAUAUUAUGAAAGCUGGAAUCGCUACCAGCGCCAUACUUCAUACCCACCCCGCCGGGCAACAAGGGAGGACCCCCCUGGGGCCCUUUUUGCUGAAAAUACAGCUGAACGCUUCCCACCUUCCUACACCUCUUAUUUACCCCCUGAGCCCAACCGGUCCACUGAUCAAGACUACCGGCCUCCUGCUUCAGAGGCGCCACCCCCAGAACCUCCAGAACCUGGUGGAGGAGGUGGGGGGCCCAGCCCUGAGAGAGAAGAAGCCCGGACUUCCCCCCACCCAGUGUCACCAGCUCGUUCUGGCUCCCCAGCCCCAGAGACUACCAAUGAAAGUGUGCCCUUUGCUCAGCACAGCAGCCUGGAUUCCCGCAUUGAAAUGCUGCUAAAGGAACAGCGCUCUAAAUUUUCUUUCCUGGCUUCUGACACAGAGGAGGAGGAAGAGAACAACAGUACAGGCCCUGGGGUUAGAGAUGCAGGGAGUGAAGUGGUUUCUGGGUCAGGUCAUGGUCCUUGCACGCCCCCUCCAGCUCCAGCUAAUUUUGAAGAUGUGGCACCAACAGGGAGUGGAGAACUGGGGGCUACCAGGGAGUCUCCUAAAGCCAAUGGACAGAGCCAGGCUUCCCCAUGUUCUUCUGGAGAGGAUAUGGAGAUCUCUGAUGAUGACAGGGGUGGCUCACCCCCUCCGGCCCCAACACCUCCCCAGCAACCUCCACCACCGCCACCACCUCCUCCCCCUCCCUACCUUGCUUCCCUUCCCCUUGGUUAUCCUCCCCAUCAAUCUGCCUACCUCCUUCCACCCCGUCCUGAUGGGCCACCACCCCCUGAGUACCCACCCCCACCCCCACCACCACCCCACAUCUAUGACUUUGUGAACUCCCUGGAACUUAUGGAUCGACUUGGGGCUCAGUGGGGAGGGAUGCCUAUGUCCUUCCAGAUGCAGACUCAGAUGUUAACUCGGCUCCACCAGCUACGACAGGGCAAGGGAUUGACUGCUGCCUCAGCUGGUCCUCCUGGUGGGGCCUUUGGCGAGGCCUUUCUUCCUUUCCCGCCCCCACAAGAAGCAACCUAUGGCUUGCCCUAUGCUCUGUACACACAAGGGCAAGAAGGCCGUGGAGCAUACUCCCGAGAGGCCUAUCACCUGCCUUUGCCCAUGGCCGCUGAGCCUCUGCCCUCUUCAGUCUCGGGAGAAGAGGCACGGCUGCCUCUCAGGGAGGAAGCAGAGCAGGCAGAAGGCAAGACUCUACCAUCAGCAGGCACUGUGGGCCGUGUGCUAGCUACCCUAGUACAAGAGAUGAAGAGCAUCAUGCAGCGAGACCUCAACCGCAAGAUGGUGGAGAAUGUGGCCUUUGGAGCUUUUGACCAGUGGUGGGAAAGUAAGGAAGAGAAGGCGAAGCCAUUUCAGAAUGCAGCCAAACAGCAAGCUAAGGAGGAGGAUAAAGAGAAGAUGAAGCUCAAAGAGCCAGGCAUGCUGUCCCUUGUAGACUGGGCCAAGAGUGGAGGUGCUACAGGCAUAGAAGCCUUCACCUUUGGAUCAGGGCUUCGAGGGGCUCUGCGGCUACCUUCUUUCAAGGUAAAGCGGAAGGAACCAUCAGAAAUUUCAGAGGCUAGUGAGGAAAAGAGGCCCCGGCCCUCUACUCCAGCUGAGGAAGAUGAAGAUGAUCCUGAGCGAGAGAAGGAGGCUGGGGAAUCAGGACGCCCGGGGACCAAGCCCCCAAAGAGAGAUGAAGAGAGAGGCAAGACACAGGGCAAGCACCGGAAGGCCUUUGCUCUGGACAGUGAAGGGGAGGAAGCAUCCCAGGAGUCUUCCUCAGAUAAGGAUGAGGAGGAGGAUGAGGAAGAUGAGGAAGAUGAAGAGCAAGAGGAAGCUGUUGAUGCCACCAAGAAGGAGACAGAGGCAUCAGAUGAUGAGGAAAGCGAUUCGUCCUCCAAAUGUUCUCUGUAUGCUGAUUCAGAUGGUGAAAAUGGUAGCACGUCAGACUCUGAGAGCAGCAGUUCCUCCAACUCCUCGUCUUCGUCAUCUUCCUCCUCAUCCUCAUCAUCCUCUUCAUCAUCAGAGUCCUCCUCCUCCUCCUCUGAAGAAGAAGAAGAAGAAGAAGAGGAGGAAGAGGAGCAUCCAGCAACCAUUCCCUCAGCCUCAUUGCCCUCUAGAGAAGUCCCGGAGCCCCUCCCAGCUCCUCCUGAGCAGCCUGAACCCAACAGGGGUGAAGGUUCCCCCAUCACACCUCUCCCUGAAAAGGAGACCUCUCCAGCAAGGCCUACAGGUCCCUCUGAAGAGCCACCACCCAGUAUGCCCCAGCCUCCCCCAGAGCCACCAGCUGGACCCCCAGUCUCUACACCCCGCCCAGAUGAGCGCCCUUCUUCCCCUAUCCCUCUCCUGCCCCCACCCAAGAAACGCCGGAAAACUGUCUCCUUUUCUGCUGUGGAGGAGGUGCCAGCUCCAGAACCACCCCCUGCUGCCCCGGUACAGGCCAAGUCUCCUGGCCCAGUCUCUCGCAAAGUCCCCCGGGGCAUGGAGCGGACCAUUCGCAACCUGCCCCUGGACCAUGCAUCUCUGGUCAAGAGUUGGCCUGAGGAGGUGGCCCGAGGGGUUCGCAGCCGAGCUGGAGGCCGAAGCCGCUCCAAUGAGGAGGAAGAAGCUGAGCCAGGGACAGAAGUUGACCUAGCGGUGCUGGCCGAUUUGGCCCUGACCCCUGCCCGAUGUAGGUUGACCUCUCUGCCUACUGGUGACGACUCAGAGGCCACUGAGACUUCAGAUGAGGCUGAGCGCCCAAGCCUCCUGCUCAGCCACAUCCUGCUGGAGCACAACUAUGCCCUGGCCAUCAAACCCCCAUCUGCCUUGACAGCACCUCGGCCCUUGGAGCCAUCUCCUGCCCCUGCCACGCUCUUCAGCUCCCCAGCUGAUGAGGUCUUGGAAGCUCCUGAGGUGGUAGUGGCUGAGGCAGAGGAGCCAAAGCAGCUACAGCCACAGCUGCAGCAGCCAGAGGAGGAAGGGGGGGAGGAGGAGGAGGAGGAGGAGGAGUCUGAAUCUUCAGAGAGUAGCAGCAGCAGUAGCAGUGAGGAAGAGGGAGCCAUCCGGCGACGCAGCCUGCGUUCCCAUACCCGGCGCCGGCGGCCACCCCUCCCACCCCCGCCACCUCCUUCCUUUGAGCCCCGAAGUGAGUUUGAGCAGAUGACCAUCUUAUAUGACAUUUGGAACUCAGGCCUGGACUUGGAAGAUAUGAGUUACCUGAGGCUCACAUAUGAGCAGUUGCUGCAGCAGACCAGUGGUGCUGACUGGCUUAAUGACACCCACUGGGUCCAUCACACAAUCACCAACCUAAGCACUCCAAAGCGAAAGCGGCGACCCCAGGAUGGCCCCCGUGAGCACCAGACUGGCUCUGCACGCAGUGAAGGCUAUUACCCCAUCAGUAAGAAAGAGAAAGACAAGUACUUGGACGUGUGCCCUGUCUCAGCCCGGCAGCUGGAAGGCGUGGACACUCAGGGGACUAAUCGGGUGCUUUCUGAGCGACGAUCGGAGCAGCGGCGGCUGCUGAGUGCUAUUGGCACUUCAGCCAUCAUGGAUAGUGACUUGCUAAAGCUAAACCAGCUCAAGUUCCGAAAGAAGAAGCUCCGAUUUGGCCGGAGCCGGAUUCAUGAGUGGGGUCUGUUUGCCAUGGAGCCCAUUGCAGCUGACGAGAUGGUGAUAGAAUAUGUGGGCCAGAACAUCCGCCAGAUGGUGGCUGACAUGCGGGAGAAGCGCUAUGUGCAGGAGGGUAUUGGCAGCAGUUACCUGUUCCGGGUGGACCACGACACCAUCAUUGAUGCCACCAAGUGUGGCAAUCUUGCCAGGUUCAUCAACCACUGUUGCACGCCCAACUGCUAUGCCAAGGUGAUCACCAUUGAGUCUCAGAAGAAGAUCGUGAUCUACUCCAAGCAGCCCAUCGGUGUGGAUGAGGAGAUCACCUAUGACUACAAGUUCCCGUUGGAGGACAACAAGAUACCCUGUCUGUGUGGCACUGAAAGCUGCCGAGGCUCCCUCAACUGAAGUGGGGCAGGACUGGUGCCCUCACUCCUAUUUAUUCCCCUUGGUGCCCUGAGCCCUAGCACCCCCAGCCUUAGUGGGCUCAGCCAGGCCCACAUGCCCCCAUCACCACAUGUGAGAUGGGGGGCUCUAAACCCAGCGAGGGAGCUUCAGUCCCUUGAGGCAAUCUGCCUCUCCCAUGUCCCUUCCCACACACCCUCAUUUUUUCUUUGCGGAGAAGAAGCUGUAAAUGUUUUGUAGCUGCCAGCAGCUGUUUCCUGUGGAAACCUGGGGUGCCGGCCUGUACAGAUCCUAUUCUUGAGGGGCUGCACAGCCCUCUACUUUGUGUUAACGGGGACAUCCCCUUCUGCCCUAUGUGCAUCCUCCCCAGUUUAGGGGGUCUCUAGGGGCAGUGGCCAUGUUCUCCCCCCAGGGGGGCCCUGGGCCCCCAGUCCUGGGGACUCUGUGCCUGGAACCCUGCCUCAUCUUGUGUCCCUGCCAGACCCUGUGGGUCAUCCUCACACCAUGGUGUCUGGAGGCUCUGGCUCAACCAGGCUGGGGUGGGGAUGGCCUUCUUGUUGGGCUGGAGUGUACAUAUGUUAAUAGUGCAAACCCAACGCCACAUUUUUAUAAUUGUGAUUAAACUUUAUUGUACAAAA